UCGAUGCUCCCAGUAGUCGAGCCAACAGCCCAAGCGCAGCCAGCGGCCUCCACUCCAUUGAAGUCGCAAGAGCAUGCAGGACGCGUGGCGCCCGAACCGCCCAAGGAGAUUCUUGGAAACACAGUUGACGAGCAUUGGAGGAACACAUGCGGAGCCGUCCCUACGAGGUCCAGCCUGACCAAGGGAGGCCUGCCCUUUGGCUUUAUCGUCUCCCCCUUUGCUGCCCCCGACGACAGCAAUCGGUGGCUUCGCAAGGCAGCUGAACGUUGCCAGUCGUGCGGGGCAGUCAGGAACCUCUACAUCGCUGUGGAGUCCAACACGGGUCGAUGGGCAUGCAACUUCUGCGGGGCGAUCAACAAGUCGGAGGAUCUGAAGGGAAGAGACGCGAUCGAGUCUUGCCGGGAGCUCAGAGACGCCGUGAUUGAGUACGUGGAGCCAACCGUUGGCUCGAUCUCCACGCAGGUCAAGAGGAAAGUCACCAUGCUCGUGAUCGAUACUGCAAUGCGGCAAAAGGACCUCGACGAGCUGCAGGACUCGCUGCUGAAAGCUUUGAGCGUGCUGGACAAGAACGAGGAGAUCGGCUUUAUCACCUUCGAUGCCGUCGUCAAGGUGUACGACCUGUCGAAGCAAGAGUGCGCAACAGCAUUCAUCCUUCCUGGGACCCGCUCCCCCUCCCAGUAUGACCUCAACAUGUUGGGGAACACUGGGGCUGUCUUUGCUGCUCCCCUGCAUGCUUGUUUCAACACCAUCUCUUCGAUCAUCAGGUCCUUGAAGACUCCUGUACGCGACGGCAAGAGGGUCAGAGCUCGUUCUCGCUGUGUUGGCCCUGCCGUCGAAGCUGCCGUCGCCAUUGUUGCCUCCUUGCAUGGAAACUCCUUCCAUGCCAACGCCGACGAUGGCAUCUCUCCUCAAGGAGGGAAGGGACACGUCUCGCUUGUGCUAGGAGGCCCUCCGACCAUCGGCCCUGGCAGCGAAGACUUUGAGGUGGAGGCAAGCACGGAGGCAGCAGGGAUGAGCCCGAGCGAGCAGCAGGCGACGGAGUACUUUGGAAAGGUCGGGCACAGGACGAGGCUGCUGGGGAUCUCUACCGACGUUCUGGUUGUGUCCAUGCUGAGCAUCGGGGUGCAGAAGCUGCAGGCAAUGACGAUGACGUGCGGGGGAGAAGUUGUGAACCACCUCCACUUCGGGGAAGCGUUCGAGAGUGACCUCGUGAACGGGAUGUACAGGACGGGAGGGCGGACAUCAGGAGUUGUUGACAUCCAUGCGAGCGCUUGUGUGGAGGUGCUGAGGAUCAUCGGGCCCCUCAUCGACCCUGCGACCAGACAGGAGGAGGAGAUGGCUGAAGACUUGCCCAACCUCGCCAUCAGCCCGAGCGUGGAGGGCAGGAGCUCUUACACCGUCAUCUACUCGCUCAAGGAGGACGUUCACGACCAGUACAUCUACUUCCAAGUCGUCACUGCCCACUCAACCCACAACGAUGAGAGAGUCUUGCGGACGAGCACCAUGAGGAUCCCAGUCACCGACAACACCGCCAACCUCCUCCAUGCCGUCGACGUCGCCGCCUCUGCUGUUGUGCUCGCCAAGGAGGCCGUGGCUGAGGUCAAGGACGGUUCCUCCUCUCUCGAGGAUGUCAAGGCUCAACUGAAUCAGAGGGUCCAGACCAUCGCUCAGACUUGGAGCGACCAGGUGAAGGUCACAAUAGGAGGCAGAAUGUCCACGUUCCCCGCUCAGCUCCAGGGCCUUCCUAAGUACCUCUUCUUCGCGCAGAACGGCCCUCUCCUCGGAUCCAUUCUCAACAGUGAGGAUGAUGCGAACGUGUUGAGAAGAAUCUUCUUGAAGUCGAACCUCGAGGACUCUCUCCGCAUCCUCUCCCCCCAGCUCUUCUCGUGCACCCUCAACGAGCAGAAUGUCUUGCAGUUCGAGGAAUUGCCGGUUGAGGACACCUCGCUUCUGCCUGACCGGAUUGUCUUUAUGGAUCAUCACACUCAAGUGUUUGUAUGGAGUGGAUCUCAGGUGUCUGGUGUUGAGUUCGAGCCUGUGAGACAGACGUUGCUGUCAAACAUCAAGGGGCGUCGUUGGCACCCUGACAGAAGCCGUCAAGGGUCUCCUGCAGAAAAAGUUCGUUCCCAUGGACAACGAUUCUUACUUGCAGUGGCUAGCGAAGCUUCGUAUCGCAAUGUAAUAAAAAAGAAAACGAGGAAAAGUUGA